UAAAUAAAAAGCAGAAUGUGGAUAAAACUAGUUAAUGAAGUGUGACGCAGUAAUUUGUUCUCAUCCAGAUAUUUUUAGUCGGGAAAAGCUUUAAUGAAAUCGUUCUUGAUUCCAAUAAAGUUGUUUUGAAAAUGCUUUUAUCGUGGAUUAAACCAUCAAUUUACAAUUUUUCGUAAUUACAAAUUAGAGCGAUCGGCCGCCGCUUUUAUGUUACUUUUACACGUUCUUGACAAAUUAUUUACGAGACGGGGGUCACAGUCUUGUUAGAGAAAUUUUCGAGUUUUAGCCUAAUUUAUGUAAAAUAUUUAUUUAUUUUCGUUACACUUGUCGAACGCUGAGAUGACGGGUAGAAGACACUCGAGGCUGAAAACAGUACUUUUUUUAGUAGUACUCUCGUCGAAUAUUAUCUUCGUCCAGUGCACCAAUUCUGACCUUAAUGCAUCGUACACAGUACCAACAGAAUGCGACGGUACCACGACCCACAACACCUUCUCAUGGGCAGACUACCUAGUUCUGGGGAUUAUGUUAUUAGUCUCGUGUGGCAUCGGCAUUUUUUAUGGUUUCGUAGGCCAGAAGCAAACCAGCGGCAGCGAUUUUCUCCUAGGAGGAAGUUCCAUGGGUACUUUCCCCAUGGCUAUGUCUCUAGCUGCAAGUUUCAUUACAGCGAUAGAGCUUUUGGGGAAUCCCGCUGAAAUGUACAACCACGGAACGCAGUUCCUGAUGAUAUGUUGUGCCUUUUUGUUCGUGGUACCACUAACGUCGAAAUUUUACUUACCUUUGUUUAUGGAAUUGAGGUUGACUAGUAGCUACGAGUACUUAUCUAUGCGAUUUAACUCAUCUGUACGGUACUUCGCUAGUGCUUUGUAUAUUUCUCAGAUGAUUUUGUACACUAGUGUGGCGGUGUAUGCUCCAGCUUUGGCACUGAGUCAUGUGACUGGACUAAAUGUUUUUGUGGCGGUGAGUGCAGUUUACAUAGUUUGCAUCUUCUAUGCUUCUCAGGGAGGAAUGAAAGCCGUCAUUAUAGCAGAUACUUUCCAAGCAGCAGUACUUCUAGGCUCGAUAGUACUCAUUUUGUACUUAGGGGAACGCGCGAUUGGCGAUAUGGGUUUCAUUUGGUCGCAAAACUACCAAACAGAACGACUGGAACUAUUCAACUUUAACCCGAACCCCACAAUACGACACAGCUUCUGGUCCGUAGUGAUCGGUGGCACGUUCUACUGGAUGACCAUGUUUUGUUCCAAUCAAGCGUCCAUCCAGAAGUACUUAUCGGUAGAAAACAUCGGCCAAGUCAGAAAAGCUUUGUGGACAUCCUGUUUCGGUUUAAUUCUGGUGUACAUUAUCAAUUUCUACACCGGUAUGGUCAUGGUGGCGCAUUACAAAGAUUGUGACCCUAAGGAAUCAGGUCAGAUUAGUGCCAGCGACCAAAUACUACCAUUGUAUGUUUUGUCAGAGAUGGGUCAGUAUAAAGGGGUCACUGGGUUCUUUGUGGCUGGGAUUUUCGCAGCCAGUCUAGGAACUGUGGCGUCCGCUUUGAACAGUUUGGCUGCCGUGACCAUGCAAGAUUUUGUCUGUGGGGCUUUCCAAAUAUCGCUCAAAGAAUCAAGAGAGGCAUUUUGGGCCAAGUGUAUCUCGAUUGUCUACGGAGCCAUCAGUUUUAUGUUGGUUUUCGUUAUUUCUCAGUUGGGUAGUAUAAUGCAAGUCGCAAUAAGCUUCAACGGAAUGGCUGGUGGCAUAACUUUGGGGUUAUUCUCCUUAGGAAUGUUUUUCCCGUGGUCGAACUCAAAAGGAGCCAUACUAGGUAGUAUCACCGCUACGGCGUUAAUCACCUUGAUGUGCAUCGGCCAACAAGUCGCCAUAGCCAACGACUCACUAACCGAACAAACCAAAUACAUCAGUACCAAUAAUUGUUCCUGCUUCAACACGACAGAACUAAAAGCACCACCCGAACCCAAGGACGCUGUUUUCUUCCUUUUUCGCGUUUCGUACAUAUGGUACUCCGGUUUGGGUUUCCUGAUAACGAUUAUACUGGGAUUGGUGGUCUCGUUUGUGUUUGGUGCCCAAAGUCCCCACGACCUCGAUUGGAAACUUCUGUCGCCACCAAUACGCAAGCUUUUGUCGUCUUUUUCCACCACAACAAAAGAGAAGUUAAAUAUUCCGCUGAAGCUUAGUACCAGCAAGAGGCCCAGUGUUGCGUUGGUGGGUGUGUUGAAUAUGGGUUUGGACCUCAAGGAGGAGACUAAAUUGAGGGAAAUGAAGAUUGAGGAGAGUACUAAGUUGAGGAAGUUUUCGGCGCCUUCUUGUUGUGUGAUGCCGAUAUAGUACCUAAGUAGUGAUGUAGUAAUUUAUUAAAAGUAGUCGUGUAAGGUAGUCACGUAGUACGUUGUUUAAUACAGUAGCAAUACUAUUGUUAUAGAAAAUAUAUCUACUUGGUAGGAAA